AUGGCGGGCUCUCCGAUGCGCAGAAAUUCCCCGCCAGCUAUCCCUGGUCCUUCUGGCAUCUCACCCGCCACUCCCGCGCAGCAGCUCGCGUCUCCGGCCGACGAACCCGCGGUCACUGGGAGGAACGGAGAGGCCGAGGACACGAACUCGUUGAAAUGGAUGUUGACCAAAGAGCCUGGCGCGAAGGUGAAGCGGCGAGAGGACGAGGUGUCGUCCGCUGGCCCGUCUCACGUGCAGCUGCAGUCUCCUGCCGCUAGUCCCGCUGCGCCCAAGAAGCGGCAGCCUCGUGGCGUGCCCGACACCGUCACCAAGAAGUCUUCGGGCGGCUCGCACAACGAGCUCUGUGGGAUCCUGUCGGGGCUGCUGGACAGCUUUAGAAUCAAGGCGAUUUCCUUGGGUGAGGUGGACGAGGGGACGUUUUGGAUAAACCCGGGUGAGACUGUUGACUGGCACCUGAGCUUCCUGCAGCAGCUUCACGUCCUUGGUAGAGGCAGCUUCGGCGUCGUCUACCUCGUUCGUCACAGGGUCACGAGGGAGCUUGCUGCGCUCAAGUGUAUCGAGAAGCAUCACAACGAACUGGCUAAGGAAGCGCGACGCGUGGAAGCUGAACGUUCAGCAUGGCAAGCAGUUUCGCAUCACCCUUUCGUGGCAACGUUGAAGGCCUACUUUGAGACGACGAAAGCAUGGUGCUUUGUCAUGGAGUACGUGUCUCGAGGUACCCUAAGCCAAAUCAUUCGACGGUCGGGACCCUUGCCAGAAAAUCGGGCCAAGGUGGUGGCGGCCCAGCUGGCCCACGCGCUCAACUUCGUCCACGAAGCUGGAUACCUGCACCGCGACAUAAGUUCGUCCAAUGUGCUUCUCGAUGAGCGCGGCAAUGCUCGCCUUAUUGACUUCGGCCUCUGCCAGCUGUCGCUGGAGGCCAGGAAUCGCUGUGGAUCACUCGCCUACAUGGCACCGGAAGUCCUCCGUCGAGAACACUACGGUGUGGCUGCUGACUGGUGGUCUUACGGCAUCGUCCUCUACACCAUGCUCAUCGGCAAAACACCUCUAUCUCAGUACGCCGCCGAGCAGAACCUCAACAUCCAGGGAACGAGGAGGGAGCUUCGCUAUUCUAUGGCGCUGGCAGCUCCUCUGAGAUUUCCCCGAUCAUUGACAGACGACGCAUACAACAUUUUGCAAGAGAUACUCCGUGAGGAUCCCUCAAUGCGGCUGGGGUGUCGAUAUGGCGGAUCACCCGGCAACGGCGGUGGCUUCCAGGAGCUGAUGGAGCAUAGAUUCUUCGCUAACAUCGAUUGGCGGACGAUUGCUGGAGAUGUACGCCAAAAUCCAGACACAAGCUUCCGGAACCCAAGAGAAGAUGCUUCAGCUUACGGAAGUAAGGCGUAAUUACUUCGUGAGUCGAACUUCACAUAUGCGUUACAAAAAAUUGACGCAUUAAAUUCAUUAUUCAACAAAAGGAAAAUGCUCAUUUUCAAGU